AGGGAAUCUGUUUCCGCAAGACACGCAGAUAGGGUUAUUUAGAAUUGGUAGGUUAUCAUCAGGGUUCAGUUUCAACACUGCGUGCUUAGGUCUCACGGUUCAGUUUCAACGCACACUGCUUAGGUCUCACGUACAUCCAACGGCGGCAAUCUAAUAAUGUCGGUGGAAUUCCUCCCUGAAGAACUCAUCGCACAAGUUUUAUCGUACCUUCCUGUCAAAUCUUUGAUGCAACUUAGAUGCGUCUGCAAAGCAUGGAACUCCCUCCUCUCUCAUCCCAAAUUCAUUAAACUACACUUUCGACAAUCCAAACAAAACAUCCAAAUCAUCUGCGAAUCUUUUGAUUUUUCUUUCUUACCCUUCCCACUCAAUACUUUACUAAACAAUCCUUCCACAAUCAAAUCCACCAAAAAUUGCUUCCCAUUCCCAUCCCCCGCCGACUACUUCUACCAAUUCAUUGGUUCCUGCAAUGGAUUGUUCUGUUUCCUUCUUAAAAUGAAUAACUUAGGAAAGUGUAUUCAAAAUACCUGGUUUCAGUUAUGGAAUCCAGCCACCAACACAUUAUCUAACAAAUUUGGUCAUCAAUCCUAUCCUUUGGUAAAUCAACAUCCCAUUCUCAGGUGUUCUGCCUUUUCAUUCGGUUAUCAUAAUUCAACUGAUACUUAUAAGUGUGUGUAUUUUCGUCCCAACAAGUUGGAAAUAUUUACUUUUGGUGGUAGUCUUUGGAAAAUUAUUCAACUUCCUCAUAUUGUUCCUUUAGAGCAUUCGGGUCGUGUUCCCUCUACUCGCAGUGAUCUCAGUGAAGCUCUGUAUUUGAAUGACACUAUUAAUUUGUUGGCCCGAGAUAUUGCUAAACAAAUUCUGAUUAUCUCGUUGAAUCUCGGUACAGACACAUAUUGCAGGUUGCUUCCCCCUCAAGAUUUUGUUGAAGUUUCAAUUCAUUUGCCAACUAUUCAUGUCUUGGAAGACUCUCUCUGUUUUAGUCACCACACCCAAAAUACCCAUUUUAUUAUAUGGAAGAUGACUCAAUUUGGAAUUGAAAACUCUUGGACUCAAUUUCUUAAAAUAAACUAUCUGGAUCUGGAUAUUCAUAUAGACUAUAAAUAUUUUCUCGCCCCAUUGUGUCUUUUUGAGAAUGGCAUCGCACUAGUACAAGCAUCAAACAACCAUAGAUUGCAAGUGAUUCUCUAUCAUUGGGGUGAAAAAAGAAUAGAAAAAACUAGAAUGCAGGAGUUAACUAUGUGGAUGUUUAACCAAAAUCAUGUCGAGAGCUUGGCUCCCACGGAUUCAAUUAAAUAGGGUAGACGGUGUAUGCACUGAUCAUGCAAUUCAUCUGACAAGACAAUGCAAUGCAAAGAAUCCAUGCAUAGAUAAUAUAAUACAACGCAUGUGCCUGCAAGGAAUCUCUGCACACAAGGAAUCUCUGCCCUAACACUAUAAGCAUGUGCCUGCACACAAGGAAUCUCUGCCCUAAUAAUCCAACGCAUUCGCUCAUUCCAAUGGAGCAUAAAGAAGGCAUUCACUCUACCCUUAGGCGCCUCUUCCUUGCAUGCAUAAAAAGACAUACAUGCGACACUAGUCUUGGCGCAUGUGACCAUGCAUGUCAUAAAGCAAGGCAUGCUCCCUAGCCUUAGGCGUCUACACCUAUCUCACAUGCAUGCACCCUAUCCAAUGCUUCACAUGCUACGUACCUAUUCAACCUCUACACAUAUCCCCAAUAAACAAGAAGCCAUUCAUAU